AUGUGGGUUAAUGCAGCUCAUAGAAAUGGCACAAGGGUACUUGGAAAUUUUAUUACAGAAGGCGCAUCGGGUUCUAGUGACAUGGAAUUAUUAGUACGUGGACCGGAUGGUCAGAUAAAUAAGGAUGGUUUUAACCCGUUUUUUGCUGAUAAAUUUGUUCAAAUGGCUGUUUAUUAUAAAUUUGAUGGGUGGUUUAUUAACAUUGAAUCUGGUUUGCUUGGAGGAGAAAGGACUGCACGACAACUUAUUCAAUGGUUGAAAUAUUUAACUCAAGAAAUGCAUAAAAAUGUACCUAAUUCUUUGGUUAUUUGGUAUGAUUCUGUAACAACAGCAGGACAAAUAAAAUAUCAGAAUAUAUUAAAUGAUAAAAACAUUUCUUUUUUCAAUGUGUGUGAUGGGCUAUUUACCAAUUAUUGGUAUGAUAAAAAUGGUCCUGCAUUUUCUGCUAUGGCAGCUGGCCCAAGAAACCGUGAUGUUUAUACUGGUAUUGAUACCUAUGGGCGUGGAACCUAUGGAGGUGGUGGAUUUAAUACUUUUUUGCAGGCACUAGAAGCUAUUAAACAUGGAAAAACUUCGGCAGGAAUCUUUGCACCAGCUUGGACUUUCUUUGAAGUGUCGGGUGAUACUUUUGCUAAUGAUCGCCUGUUUUGGGUUGGUAGUCCUCCUGGUGUCGUUAACAGGCGUCCUGGUGUUGCUGAUUAUGUCAUUCCAAAAUGUGUCCCUAAAAGUACAAGCUUUUACACAAAUUUUUCUCUAGGAACUGGGCAUCAAUUCUUCAUUGAAGGAAAAUCAAUGAUAGGACUUCAAGAUUGGUUUAACUUAAGUCAUCAAUCUAUUAGUCCGAAUAAUUUAACAUUCCAACUCCCACGACCAAACUCUCUCUGGUGGGAUUAUACUUUCGACACAGCCUAUAACGGUGGCACCUCAUUAACUAUAAAUUCUAGUGGUCAAUUCAUUUUGCCAUUUGCUAAACUUCCAUUAUACACACUUUCUCUACAAAUCCCUCUACAAACACCAUUAAAACUAAGUGUCACAUAUCUCCCAAAGCAAACAGAUCUAAAAUUUUCCCCGUAUAUAAAAAUAGGAUCGAACUCAAUUAAUAAUUCUACUCAAGGUCAAAGUUUUAUUAUGUCUGAAGGAGCUCUUGUCCCGGACUCUGCAAAUACAGUUCAAAUUGAAUUGGUUUCUGAUUCUGGUGCCGUUACAUCACAAUCAUUUACUCCUACAAGUACGAUUUCAAGGAAUAAUGGGUGGAUCACAUCAGAAUUCAUUUUGACUUGUUCAAUUUUUAGAGAUAGUUCUUCAAGUACCUUAAACGGAGAUGUUACUAUUAGAAAUGAUUUAGUGAUUCAAGAAUUUGGAAUUUCUCUAUACAAUUUAAAAAAUCCCACCUCUCAUAAUGUCACUAGACAAUUAUUGGGAUAUGUUGGUGAACUUUCUAUCAUACCUCAAAAUACAAAGCCUGAUAUAAAUAUAGAAAUGGUCCAAAACGUUGAGUUUGAAAGAAAGAUGUUCGAUACAUCUGAUCUAGAUGAAUUAAGUGAUGAAGUUAUUUUUGUGUGGGGAAUAAUCAGAUGGAACGUUACGUUCACUCCAAACCAAGAAUCCUCCACACAUACAAACAUUAAUCUUAAUGCCGAUCUUUUAGAUGCUUCUGUCGAGAAACAACUAGCACUAACACCAGCUGUUACAAGCUUAGAAAAUACAUUUGCAUAUUAUAAUAUUUACGUUGGGAUGUCACCAUCAUCUUUAAGCACGUCUCCUGAUUUAAACGAAUUAACAUUUCUGGGAAUUUCUGAUACCACGCAAUUCUCUAUUUGUGGCUAUGGUGUCAUGAAAAGUGAAGUUGAGAGUGGGAAUGGAUUAGCAAUAUGGAUUCAAGGGGUCUAUGAAAUUGAUGGGAGCGGUGUUGAUAAAACCAAGUGGGGAAUGGUUUGGGUUGAUUUAAAGAAUUGA